AUGAAGUCGUACUACAGCUGUCCAUCAUGGUUUCUUUGAUACUAUGCUUGCUCUUGAUUUCACUCAGCCAGUGCUAUGGUGCACCUGGUAGGACACGUACCUCAAGGAUUUAUGGAGGUUCAGAAGCUUCAGAGGGCGAGUUUCCUUUUGUGGUUUACUACUACUAUUACGACCAUAUUCUUUGCGAUGGAACCAUCGUCAAUGAAAACUGGGUGCUCACUGCUGCGCACUGUGUAAACGGGUACACCGUGGAGGCCAUCUACGUCCACGCCGGCACCACCCAGUCAAGCGCCGACUCCGGCGUGGUGGUAGCAGUAACCGACAUAGUCGUUCACGAGGGCUUCGAUGAGAUGGCCUACACGAACGACGUCGCUUUGCUCAAGCUGGCGCAGUCGCUGUCCUUCUCAUCGACCAUACAGGCCGUCUCUCUGCCGGCUUCGGGUCAGCAAACAGCCGCCGGUACCACAGCCACUGUGGUCGGCUGGGGAUCAACCGAGUCGUCCUCAACCUUCGUCAGUGGCCUGAGAAAAGUAGACGUACCCGUGUGGUCGGACGCAGACUGCGCGGCAACGUAUGAGAACUACUACAUGUGGACGAGGGAGAACAACAUCUGCGCCGGAGAAUCCGGCAAAGGAAAAUGUGGGUAUGAUGUAGGAGGUCCACUACUGGUGAACGGGCAACAGGUGGGAAUCGCCUCCUGGGAUGGUUACGACUGUGCCACUGCAGACUCGCCAGGCGUCUAUGCUGAAGUUUCCUACUUCGUCGACUGGAUCAAUCAGAACGCAGUGUGACGUGGACAGCUUAGAUUCGUUACUUUUAUUGCUAUGAGCAAUAGUUACGACACUGAAACUUAAGAAAAUAAAAUCUGCUUUUUUGUCCACA